AUGGGAAAAGGAUGGACAGCAUUAAAUGGAGUGACGGUUACAGAAGUGCACAUCAUAUCCAUCAACACCGGAAGAACCGAUUAUGUAAUACAAGGCGAGUCCGCACAGCUAUCCUGUCAUUACAUAUUCACCAAACAGGAGGAAAGGAUCCAAUCCGUCAGAUGGGAAAAGGAUGGACAGCAUGUGUACUUUUCGACGCCAAACAAGAAGAGGCCGAUAGCUGUGGGUGUCCUCAAAGGGCACGUCGACUACAAUUCAAAGGAUUUGUUAAACACCGUAACGAUACUGAAUGUGUCGCUGGAAAUGCACGGCACCUAUUCGUGUCACGUGGACUCAGACCUCAACACAUCGCAAAACUCAGCCACACUUACCGUCAUUAUCGACGCCUGUAAGGAAAGCCAUUGGAAAACACACACAGAUAUGAUUAACUGCACGGAAGACAUCAGUUUCUAUUGCAUCGGAAUGUUUCCGAAACCAUCGCCGGCCUGUAGUAUACAUAACGAUUUUACGGAUAAAUACUUCGCCGGCGAGACGUUUGACGUGAACCAAGAGUUGCCGAACGGAACGUACGAGAUAUCGAUUAGACGCCGCUAUCACGUGACCGACUUUAUCAACUUCGCCGGUCAACUGUCCUUUCAAUGCCAUCUCGUAAUUGUCAUGACUUCGUGGCGAAUGGGUAUCAACUAUAAACUCUUUGGCGACUCCGGCUGUAUAGACGAUCCGCCGAAAAUCAAUAAUGGUAAAGUUUUGUUACAC